AAUUGAGUGGCAAAAAUUAGAUGGAAAAUAACCAAAAAGAUUCAGCCGAACAGAGCUUGCCGUUAAUGGCGAUACUCUGAUGAGGACAGUCUAAUGGAGAUUUCCCGAAAAACAAGACAAAAGGAGAAAUGGCGACAGCGACGACAUCUGCGAUUAGGGCACCAAAUUGGAGAACUGUUGUGUUAUUCUGGACUAUCUCUCUCACUAUUUUCUACUCUCUUUUCCAAAUGGGUCUUCGAAAUUCGCCAUCUUCUUCAUCAUCAUCAGAUUCCUUUAUCUCCUAUGCGGAGCAAAGCACAAGGUUGUACGAUAAGAUGGAACGGGAUAUACAAGAAAACGGACCGCUGUUCUUUAAACAAGGUGAAACGUCUCAGUCGUUGUCACUUUCUGAUCUCUUCACACUGAAAGAUGGAAAGAUAUCACCUGUCCUCAAGGUUGCGAAUCCCCCUGUGCGAGCUAAUGUAUUACAUCUCAGCACAGAAUACUCUGUCCCAGUCUCGAAAGCCGUCGAAAAUGUGUUCAGUCCUUACUUUGAGAAUACAAUCUGGUUUCAGGACUCUAAAAUGUAUCACUUUAGCAUGUUUCAUGCAUCGAAUCACAUUUUCUCUGUUCCAGCUACUGAAGAUGAGGUUGAAGGAGAAGCAGCUGCUGUUAAAGCAGUUGCUAAUAAACUUUGCCCUUUGGAGAUUAUCUUGGAUAGAGUUCUGUUAACCUCGACUGGUGUUCUUCUUGGAUGCUGGAAGGUUUAUUCUGGAGAUGACCCCAUAACAAUCCGCUCGAAACUGAGAUCUGUUCUUCCACGUGCACCGGAGAAGCAACUUUAUGAUGCUGCAAUUCUUCAUACAUCAUUGGCAAGGCUGCUUGGUCCACCAGUAUCUCCAACUGAGCAGGCUAGUUCUGACGACCAACUCCAGCGUAUCCAUGACUUGAUCACAAGACUAAACAACCAAAUCCGAGGAUUCAGGGCAAUAGUAUCAGAGCUGUGGUAUGUAGAAGAGUUUGAUCUGCUGGCGCUUGCAUUGGGAGGAAGAAUGAAGGUUCGAUCAUUCCCACUCGGCUGUGCAAAGAGUUAAUACCUACCGGAUUGUAAUCAAUAAGCUUAUUUCAUCUUUAAGAUCAUCAAAACCACUAUGUCAUCUUCAUGUACAUUUUCUUCAACUUCUUAGACUCUUAGUCAAGAAAAUUAUCUUAUUCAAGUCAAGACAAAAGUAUUUUCUUAUGUCGGCUAUGGAAAAGCAGCUACUUAUAAUUCGAAAGAAACUGUAAUUUUAAGUUUUUAACUCCCAAAUGUACAUAAUAUUUUGCUUUCCUUUUA